AGAAAUGUCAAACUCACAGAAUCAUUUCGAUCGCUAGCUAUAGCCAAUUUUUCGUUCAUAUUAAUAGCACAGAAGCCUAUUUAUAAUAUAACUUGCUAAAAAUACGAAUUUAGAGAGAGAAAUUUAGAUUUUACAUACAGUUUGGAAAAAAAAAUCGAAGUGUGAAGCUUUUAGAAUGUGUUUUUGACGUUUCUUAAAAACAAGCUAUAGUUAUUAAACACAAUACUUGCACAAAAAAAUAACCAUGGGAGACGAAACUGUACCUCUGCAUUUGGAGCCAGUUCUCCAAAGGGAGGCGUGUGACAAAAGGCUCUGGAUAGGAAAUUUGGACCUUCGAGUUAAUGAGUAUCAACUACUGAAAAUGGUCCGCGUGUAUGGUAACAUUGAGAAGUUUGAUAUGCUGUUUCAUCGCAGCGGGCCCAAUGCUGGGCAACCGAGAGGGUUUGCUUUUGUCACAUAUAAGCUGAAACAGGAUGCUAUAAAUGCAAUGAAUUCGUUGAACGGUCAGCUGCUGGGAAAUAAGAGGAUCUCAGUGAAAUUUGCUAAAAAUACCUCUGAGGAUCAAGAUAAACCAAAACCUGAACUUGGGAUAGCAGCUCUAACUGGAGUUAAGACUGAGCUAAAACUUAGCAAGAAAACAGCAAUUCAGUCGAUCGAGGCUAAACUCAAGAUGAUGGAAAACAUGAAAGCUGGAGAUGAUUUUGUUAUAAACAAAUUAGCAGCUAAUGAAACACCAAUAAUAGCUCAAUAUCAAACAAAACAACAUCAGCCACCGAACAAAACAAUCACUUCCUUUAAACGACGACAUCCUUAUCAUAAAAAAAGAUAACUUAUUAGCUAUCUAUAGCUUAUUUUAGAAAUGUUUACUUACUUGUUCUCGAAUCUAGCUUAAUUGGGACAAUUUUACAUGAUAACGUACGCUUACUGCGAAAUUUUGUAUUUCAAACGAUUACUCAGUAGUUUUAAGAUUUGGCAUUCAGGUUUUUAUAGAAAUGCAAGGUUUUCUGUAUAUUUUAAUUAAAAGUGUUGAAAGGUAGAUGUUUUAA